AUGGCGGGGAAGAUGACGUUGUACAAGUUGGUGGUACUUGGAGACGGUGGGGUCGGCAAGACUGCUUUGACCAUACAACUGUGCCUCAAUCACUUUGUUGAGACUUACGAUCCCACAAUCGAAGAUUCGUACAGAAAGCAGGUCGUCAUCGAUUCACAGUCAUGCAUGCUAGAAGUGCUUGACACUGCUGGUCAAGAAGAGUACACAGCCUUACGUGAUCAAUGGAUCAGGGACGGCGAAGGCUUCGUUCUGGUCUACAGCAUCACGUCUCGAUCAUCCUUUACACGAAUACGGAGAUUUCAUAGUCAAAUACAAAGAGUGAAGGAGUCGUCGAACGCUGGCUCCCCUACAACUGCAGGCUAUCUUUCAUCACCAGUUUCUCAUAGCAUGAUAAUGGGCGGAGGCCAGGCACCUGUGAUGCUGGUCGGCAACAAGAGCGACAGAGUGACAGAACGUGAAGUGUCUACGCAAGAGGGCAGUGCCUUAGCGAAAGAAAUGGGCUGCGACUUCGUGGAAGCAUCAGCAAAGAACUGCAUCCAUGUGGAGAAGGCAUUCUAUGAGGUUGUUCGAGCACUAAGGAAACAACGGCAUGAUACGCAGAUCACGAGGACGGGAACAAAUCCUGGCAGAAGCGGUGGCCCCAUUGGUAUGUCCGAUUUACGGGAUGGGAGGAAAAGGGGACCAAAGGAGUCGAAGAGCGGACACAAAACCCGAUGCACGAUAUUAUGA